AUGGCACCAACAUCGGAACGGGAUGCCUUAACUUCCCGGGUGUUACCGCAGAUGGUAUUCAGCAAAGGAGACGAAACUUCAAAGACAGCACCACCACGCCCACUACCCGCUUCCGUCAAUGCUGAAGGGAGAGCAAAGUUGAGAUUCGAAGUUCAAGGAAACGCCAUAGUGACGGGUGGAGCAGGAUCUCUGGGAUUUGCUGCUGCUCGUGCCCUCUUUGAGCAUGGGCUGGCUGGGUUAAUGAUUUUUGAUGUCAAUCCGGCUCAAGCACAAGCCAAGGUCGAGGAGCUAGAAAAAGAGUUCCCAGCAGCAAAGAUAGCUUUCAAACAAGUCGACAUUACGGAUGAUGUGGCUGUCGCGAAAGGGGUCGAAGAGGCUGCUAGCCUCCUUGGAUCCAUCGAUGUGCUCCUCUGCUUUGCCGGUGUUGUUGGCUGCCACCACGCCAUCGACAUGACAGCUGCUCAAUGGCGAAAGAUUCUUGAUAUCAAUACUACCGGUUGCUUUUUGGUCUCUCAAGCUGUUGCCAAAAAGAUGAUUGCCCAGGGUACCGGUGGAAGCAUUGUUUUCACUGCAUCAAUCUCUGGCCACCGAGUCAACUACCCUCAGCCUCAAGUUGCGUAUAACGUCAGCAAAGCUGCCCUUUUGACGUUGAAGAAUGGCUUAGCAGCGGAGUGGGCAAGGUAUGGAAUUAGAGUAAAUUCGAUUAGCCCAGGAUAUGCGGAUACGAUUCUGAAUGAAGGAGACGGGGUAGCUGAGUGUCGCAGGAUUUGGGCGGAACGGAAUCCAACAGGGAGAAUGGGAGCUCCAUCAGAGCUUACAGGCGCUGUCGUUCUUCUAUCAUCCAGCGCAGGAACGUAUAUGAAUGGUAUGGCCCUAUCAAUGCCCCUGAAUCCUUAUCCAACCGGCUAA